GGGAGGGGUCCUAGAAAAAGUGAUUGCGUUUCUUUCAAGCGGAAGGCCGAAGCUUCUGCAAAUAGUGGUCUGGCCCGGUGGGGUUUAAGGGUUCCGGUUGGAUAGGGGUGGCAGGUUGGAGUUUGGAAGAUGCUGUCCUACCUAAAGUCGUUCCCUACGCACAUGGACUACAAGGGACAACAACUAGCAGAACAGACUUUCCAACGAGUCAUUGUUGCAUCUGCUAUUAUUGGCUUCAUUUACGGUUACAUAAUUGAACAAUUUGGAUGGACUGUUUACAUUGUGCUGGCAGGUUUUGCAAUUUCAUGCUUGCUAACCCUCCCACCGUGGCCUAUGUAUCGUAACCACCCACUGAAUUGGCAGCCAGAGGUGCAGACUGAGGAGAAAAAACAAAUUGAGUGUGUCAAGAAGCCAAAAAAGCAUAAAUAAUGUCUAUUACCCUGUAUACAGCCAUACAUCCUGAUUUUUAUUUCAUGACUUAAUAAAUAUUGCUGAAUCAGAAAGAA